UCGAAUUCAAGCUCCCUCUGGCCCUCACAAGUCUCUCACACACAUACACACACAACACACGGUAACAUCUCCUCAACCUAGCGGCGUGAAGAAGACAACACUCUCUCUAGGCAUUCACUAAAUUGUUGGUUUUAGCUUUGGAAGAUUAGGCAAUGGAAAUAGAUAGAUUAGAUGGCCGUAAAGCAAACCAGUUGAGACCCCUUGCUUGUUCCCGCAAUAUCCUUAACCGUGCUCAUGGCUCUGCCAGUUGGACUCAAGGGGAUACCAAAGUUCUUGUUGCAGUGUAUGGACCAAAAGCCGGAACAAAGAAGAAUGAAAACCCUGAGAAGGCUUGCAUUGAAGUUAUUUGGAAGCCUAAGUCAGGGCAGAUUGGAAAAUUGGAAAGGGAGUAUGAGAUGAUAGUGAAGAGGACCUUGCAAAGCAUUUGCAUUUUGAAUAUCAAUCCAAAUACCACAACAUCAGUUAUAGUUCAGGUUAUCAAUGAUGAUGGGGCUCUUCUCCCAUGUGCCAUCAAUGCAGCAUGUGCUGCUCUUGUAGAUGCUGGAAUUCCACUGAAGCAUCUUGCUGUUGCAAUCUGUUGUUGUUUGGCAGAUAGUGGAUACAUCAUACUGGACCCCACCAAGCUAGAAGAGCAGAGUAUGAAAGCAUAUGCAUAUUUGGUCUUUCCAAACUCGAUUCUCUCAGUUCGCCCAGAGGGAUCAUUAAAGGUACAAGGUGAACCAAUGGAACAUGGGGUUAUAACAUCUGGUACCCAGGGUGCAAUGUCAGUGGAUGAUUAUCUUAACUGUCUUGAACGAGGGCGUGCUGCUACUGCUAAGAUGUCUACUGUGCUUAGAAGGAACUUGCAACCACAAAUUGCCGGUGACUUAAGUAAAGCUGGUUGAUUUUGAAUGUUACUGUAAGUAGUUUUUACUUUUAUAGAGGUCAGGCCUUGUGUGAUAGCAAACACCAUUCACCCAAAGUGACAUGUCGGGGAUUUGAGCCUAGGAAUCACCCUCUCCAAAAAAAAAGGGGGGGGGGGUGUGGUAUAAGUUUGGUCUAGUACUAUUAAUGCCAUUACAUGUUGUAGUAUAAUACUUUAUGUGAAGAAUUAAUCUGGCCCAGCUUAUUUGCUAUUUCCA